AUGGGUAUAUUUAACAUCACAUUCAAUGGUGUCGCUGGUAAAACUAUUUCAGCUCAACUCCAGCAUGACUUUAAAUUAGCUGAUUUUAUCGCUAAAAUAAAGGAAGUAAUAGGCGAUGAUGCUUAUCGUUUCGUCGUUAAUGGUAAACAGUUGAAUCAUGAAGACGAAAGUAUAUUUAACGCACAAAAAUCAAUAAUCUCAAAUAAUGUAACUAUCUACUAUAUAAAACGAAUGGUCGGCGGUAGUCAAAAGGAUAUUUCAGGAAUUAUUGACCUAAUUAAACUUGACUACAAGCUAAACUUAAUGUUUAUGGAAACAACAGAAAAAGAAUGUGCUUUUUGUUUAGGCACGGAAUCCUGUUUGACGUUCUGUUGUAAUCCUAUUUGUGUUGAGUGCUUUUCUAGACAUUUUGAAAGAUGUUUAGAACAAGUUCGAUCGCUCGAAAUGACAAAAUUAAUUAUACCUUGUCUUAAUUGUAAAAAGAUCAUAUUACCAGAAAAGUUUUUUCCUUCCGGUGAAUUUAUAAAUCUUCUGUUAUCAUUGGAAACUGGAAAAGCAUUGGUGAACAAUAUCGACUGUCAAAUAUGCACAUGUGGCACAUUUCUCAAAAAUGAAGCACUAUAUUCUCAACAAACAUGUGAUACUUGUAACAGAGUGUUCUGCUUCUUCUGCAAUAGAGAUUGGGAUGAAACGGCAAUGAAAAACGAUCAAUUUACGUGUCAUCAGAACUGUGAAUAUGAAAAUAAAUUGACAUUUGAAAUGGUACCAAUGCAAAAGUAUAAUGCAAAUUUAUUAGUGCCAACCCGUCGCGUUUGUCCGAAUUGUUGUUUUACUGGAGCAUUUGAUGAAAAAUGCAAAUAUCACGAAUGUACAAACUGUAAAUUUACAUUCUGUUUUAUUUGUUUAGAAUCAGAAUCAAAUUGUAAAAGACUCUACAAAUCUGACUAUAGAGUACCUUGUGCUGCUGUAAAAAUACAGGAUUAUUCAAUAUUUCCCAGAAUAGAUAGAGAAUAAAUCUGAAGACAAACGAAAACAACUGUUUUUCUACUGUAUUACUUUAAGGUGUUUUAGAAUUUGGUAAUAAAAGUUAUAUGCUCAUCGAGAAACAGAAGUGAAAAAGUGCAUUAUGUUCAGAUUUCCUCCGUCUUUGAAUAAAGCUCAAAACGUUGUGGAAUUUUAAUUUACUUAACUAUCAACAUUAAAGAGUAAAUGACGCUUACCUUUUGGCUCGGUGUUUUAUAUUUCUCUCGAACUAGCAGAAAAUUAUAGCUGUAGCAGACUACUCGGCGUCAUCCUUUCAUAAGCAAACUGGUUUCUAAAAUUGGUCUGUCGAAGAUAUCCUAGAAAGCCGUUUUGGAAAUCACUGAGAUAUUCAAAAAACACAUGGCUCCAUUCUAUUUUGAAAUGAGUUAUAGUAAUUCUGUACUUUUAAAAGUUGGUACUCUUUGGUUUUGAAAGUACUGCAAUUAUUUUAGGCGUCAAAAGCUUUGAUGAGGUAUGACGAGCAAAUAAAAUAUUCACACAACUUAGCAAACAAGAGUUGAUUAUGGAUUUCCUUCUUCAAUUGAUGCCUAUUGUAGAGAACAUCUACAGGUUCAUCGGCUCAAAAGUGCUUUUUCUCUUUUUUGGGGCACAGUAACAAAAAAUAUAUUAGAAAAAAUACAAAAAGUUACAAGUGGUUAUUAUUUACACAUGAUCUCCUUUUGGGGAGAAACCGUUGAAACAGAAAAAAAGAAAAGAAAAAUGUAGAAGACAUAUUUUUCUCUCUGUUUCUGCCUUAAUGGAGAAAAGGAGAAUCAGGUUGAAAAUUAAAAAUAAUUUGACUCUUGCCAAGGGUUUUCAAGAAUUCAUUUUCGUUUGUCAAAAAAAUGUUUGUGUCUCAAAACAAUAUGAUAAAGAGAAACUAGUUAAAAAGACUAUAUAGAAUUAAAUCAAUGUAAAAAGCGAAACAUUCAUAUUAUGCUUCUCGAUGUAAAAGAAAAGAAAUACACAAAAACGUGUAUUCGUUUCUAUACUUUCACUUCAAAUAUAUUUGACUCAGACAUGGGACUACACGUUAUCAUUGUCAGUUGUUUUGUAGAUAUAUAAUGUGUGUAAUUUCUAUAUUUUAUUCACAUGUCCAAGUCAGAUAUCCGUAUAUUUGAAGUGCGUUUUUGUGUAUUUCUUUUCUUUUACAUCGAGAAAGAUAAUAUGAAUGUUUCGCUUUUUACAUUGAUUUAAUUCUAUAUAGUCUUUUUAACUAGUUUCUCUUUAUCAUAUUGUUUUGAGACACAAACAUUUUUUUUCACAAACGAAAAUGAAUUCUUGAAAACCCUUGGC